UGUUAACGGAGCAGCAAAUCGCGAUUAUGCAAAAGCAGCUGGAGGAACUGAGACCAAAGCUGGUUAAAACAUCGGAGGAGGCAGAUCAAACCUUGGAAGUGAUAGCGCAUGAUACCAAAGAAGCGGAUCAGGUGAGGGCAGUUGUGGCUGAGGAGGAAGCCAUAGCCAAUGCCAAGGCACUGGAUGCACGCAAAAUGAAGGAAGAAUGCGUGGCUGAAGUUGGGAAAGCAAUGCCCAUGCUCAAAAGUGCUCUCAAGGCUCUUGAGACCCUCAAUAAAAGCGAUAUCGAGGAGAUCAUGGCAGUCGCGGAAGAGAUGGAACGGAAGUUUGCCGCGAGCUUCCUGGAAGGAGAAGACUAUCCUAGGGAGGGAGAUUCUUUUGAAUUAGCUAGAGCGAAGGCGGAACUUGCCCCGCUACAAAACAAAUUCGAAAACAUGGGAUUUGUGUCAGAAUCGUUCCACGGGCACACGCAACAUAUCGAGUGGAUACUGGGAGCUCUACGGGACGCUGGAUUCAAGGUUGCGUUGGAAAAAAGUGAGUUCUUUCUUUCUGAGAUCUCAUUCCUAGGCUACGUGGUAACUCGGGGAGGCUUGAGGCUCGAUUCGAGAAAUGUCGCGGCCGUUCGGGACGCCCCGACUCCCACGUCACUGACGCAAGUUCGAGCCUUCAUGGGGCUGGCUUCGUACUAUCGUCGAUUCAUCAAGGGCUUUGCCACUAUCGCACGGGCCCUGACGAACUUACUACGGAAGGACCAGCCCCUCAACUGGGACGCGAAGUGUGAAUGGGCCUUUGGCGCUCUAAAGGAAGCCCUAACUACGGUGCCUAUUUUGAUUCGACCGGACCCAGCCAAGCAAUUCAUACUCAUCACAGAUUGGCAGCCCGAGGCAAUCUCCGACAUCCUAGCGCUGAAGGGGAACGACGACCGCGACCAUGUUAUCGAGUACGUGUCUCGUACCGUGCUGAACGAGAGGAGGAACGAUUCGGCUCCCCAAGGAGAAUGCUACGCAGUGGUUUGGGGAAUUCAGCACUUCCACCCGUAUCUGUACGGACAAAAGUUUCUCCUCAUCAUGGACCACGAGCCCCUGUUGGCUCUCAAGAAGCUCACUAAUUACACGGGCAUGAUUGGGCGUUGGGCAGUACGGCUGCAACAGUACGAUUUCGACAUUGUCCAUCGGAAGACGGAGAGGCACGGAAACUCAGACGGAUUGACACUACUGCACCGACCGACAAAGGUGGCUAAAGGCGAGGAGAUCACUUUAUGCGAAGAGGACGAGAUCCCCGAUGAUGACAUAGAGCUGCUGCUCGUCCAAGCUUGGAGAACGGAUACGGAAGGCGAUUUUCUGGGGAUCCUAUUCGGAGAAGUGCGCGACGACCACCUGGUGUCCAUCACGGACGAGCUGCUGGUAUUUUUGAGCCAAGUACUCGACCAUCUGCCACUGGAGAUUCUCUCGCGCUGUGACGAGAAGCCGGGGACAGCUAUGCUCAUUCGCACGCUGGAACCACAUCUUCUGUGGUCUACGUGUACGAAGUUGGGGGAGGGAAGCUACUACGUGCCUUCGACGGGAGUGUAUUUACACGUCGACGUCACCGAUCUUUCCCUGUGGGACCCGCUCAUCCGGCGCGCCCCCGUAGGAGAAACGAGUGAAGAAGAGGAGGAGGACGACGAAGAGGAAGCAUCGGUAGAGGAAGAAGAUCGGGAAUCCGAUCCCGAUUAUCGAGGAUCGGAGGACAAAGGGUUGGAAGAAGCCGGUUCAGAGGAGGAGGCAGGCGAAGAAGAAGACGCGUCGGGAGAUUCAGGUGAAUCGGCCGAGCUAGCCAGGGAGGAACGGGAAGCUGCGGCUCAAAGGCGUGGGAAGAGCACUAGCCCCUACACCCCGAAACAGCAAGAGAAGAUGGCCGCCUUAGUGAGAGAGACCAAAGAGAGGAAAGAGCUCCAGAAACAGGCGAAGCUAAAGACCAUCGCAGAGGAGCAAGGGGCGAAGAUGAAGAAACUGGAGGAGGAGAUGAGGAAAGUCCAGCAGGAGGAGGAAGAGAGGAGAAAGGCUGCCGAAGAGGAAGCAGCAACAGAAGAAGAAAAAGAGAGAAAACGUAUUGAAAGCAGAGAGGAGAGUAGUGGCACGAAGAAGGAUGAAGAUGCAGAGAUGGAGAAGAAAAUUAGCAGGUGGAUAGCUAACUUAUCGUUCGGGGAAGAUGAGGAGGCGGAGUUCUAUGUGCCCCAGGAUGAGAGGGAUGCGCUAGCCCAGGAGCUAGCAGCAAUGGAGGACCCCCUGGAAAGACAAGAAAGAGAGGAGGAGAAAAAGUUGGAGUGGAAGUUGAGGAUGAAGAGAGAGAAGAAGAGAAGGAGGGACGAAGUUAACAGGUUGACUGCAGAAGUGGCAAAGGUGAAGGAUUGCAGGCAGGAAGUGCAGGCGAAGGCAAAUAUGUUUGCCAAAAUGGAUAAGGUGUUUGGAUAUUUGGAGGUGUUGAGCGCAGCCUGGAUGGAAGAGCGCCAGGCCAACAGGAGCCAAGAGGUAGCGUUGAGUGCCAUGCAGUCCGGGUUUAGAGAAUUUGCGCGCGAGAUGGUUACCCACGUUGGAGCAGAAGUUAGGAGAUUGAGAAAUAACGUGGGGAAGUUUUGUGAGGGCGCUAUCGAGAGCGCCAAAGCAGUUGCCGCGGUAGAGAGCGAGGCGAGACCCCGCAAGGACCCAGUCAAGCUUAAGUUCCUAGAUGCAUAUGGUGGGAAAAAGGAGGAUAACUUUGAUAACUGGGAAGCCAAUGUCAACAGUUACGUAUAUUUACAGCACAUCCUUACUGAGGAGCAAGUCCUCGUGGCCUUCCAGGCCCUUAAGGAUGAAGCGGCCAGUUUCGCCAGUUACAUUAGCCAUAGGGCGCUGAAGAAGCUGAGGCUAGGAUUAAAAGUCCAAAAGUUGGCAGACCCCAUAGUCAGUGUCCUUGCAGACAAGCGCACGAUGCGAGUUGAAGACUACGUAGAGGGAGUCCAGGCGUACUUUCGCCUAGAGAAAGAUGGGAAGGUGGAGAAAGUUCUCCAUUCCCUGACUCUCCUCGUUCAGGAUGACCUUCCUUUCGACAUAGUGUUAGGAAUGGAUUGGGGAGAGGCAGCAGGGGCCACACUUCAUUUGAGAGAGCAUGAGUGUACGCUCCCUAGUCCGUCAAGCGAGGUUAAGACUGCCCGCCUGUUUCAUGUGUCAGGUGUAGAUAACACCUUGGCACAUUGUUGUCUCAGUGCUCCCGCGUUCGCACGACUAGUGAAAAAGGAGCAAUUAGAGGACCAGGUCUUUGUAGUUUAUGUCAGACCUAUUACUGAGGCUAAAGAAGAGGUAAGUUCCACAGAUUCGACCAUUGCCAAGCUGCUGGAGGAGUUCAAAGACUUGACUGAGUCACCGAUAGGAGUAGUGCCGCGACCCAUCCAACACAGAAUAGAGAUAGAGCCUGGCAGUAGAACUCCUAAGGGAGCAGUCUACAGGAUGUCCCCUAGAGAGUUAGAGGAGCUGCGCAAGCAGUUAGACGAGCUCCUUGAGAAGGGUUGGAUCAGGCCCAGUUCGUCUCCUUCUGGAGUACCAGUCCUGCUUGUCCCAAAGAAGGAAGGAGAGCUGCGUAUGUGUAUAGACUAUAGGGGUUUGAAUGCGAUUACUGUGAUGAAUGCUGAGCCGCUGCCCAGGAUAGACGAUCUCUUAGAUCGGGUGCAGGGAUGUAAGUAUUUUUCAAAGAUCGAUUUGAAGUCCGGAUACCAUCAAAUAGAAGUCCAUCCUGAUGACCAGUAUAAGACUGCGUUCCGGACUCAUUAUGGGCAUUAUGAGUUCAUAGUGAUGCCCUUUGGACUAACCAACUCGCCAACUACAUUUCAGCGUUGUAUGAACGAUCUGUUUAGACCUUGGUUAGAUAGAUUUGUUGUAGUGUACUUAGAUGACAUUUUAGUUUUCAGCAAGACCCUCCAGGAGCAUCAGGGUCAUUUGAGGCAGGUCUUGGAGAAGCUACGAGAGGCUAACUUCAAGAUCAACGCAAAGAAGUAGGCACGUACGAAGUUAGUUAUACGGAAGUUCUUUGAUUUUUGGGUUAGUGAGAAUGGAGUCCCGUUGUCAAUAGUUAGCGAUAGAGAUAGUCGCUUCACCAGCCAGAACUGGCAAGAACUCCUGGGAGUCUAUGGAUCUAAGUUAUUGCUGUCGUCUAGCCGCCAUCCAGAGACCAACGGUCAGACCGCGCAAAUGAACAAGAUCCUACAACAAGUUCUGCGCAUGUACAUUACACCCGAUCAGAUCAACUGGGACGAGAUGUUACCUAAGGUAGCUAGUGCGUACAAUAACAGCGUGCAUCUGUCCACCUGUCGCACUCCCAAUGAGCUGCACAAGUCCUUUAGACCGCGCAGACCAUUCGAAGGACUGAACCGGGAUAAGAUUCACAGGCUACCGCCCGGUACCAGGGAGUUUGCGAUACAGCACGAGAGAGAGUUAGCUACAAUUGUUGAAAACCUCAGGAAGGCCCAGCAUCGAAUGAUAGAACAGGCAAAUAAGCACCAUCGCCUGUCUCAGUUUCAAGUAGGCGACUUAGUCUGGGUCAAGUCCAAAGAGUUUGCACCUGAGGAGAACAUCUCGCAGAAGUUACUGCCUGCUUAUAGAGGACCGUGGCCGGUUCUAGAAGUCAAGGGCGGAGAGGAUGGACCGUCCUACACUAUAGAGAUUCCAGCACACCUCCAUACCUACCCAAUGUUCCAUGCUUCGAAGCUAUUGCCGUGUGUCACAGGUCAACAGUUCCCUUCAAGAAGAUCCAUGAUCCCUCCGGACAUGGAUGGUAGAUAUGACAUUGACGACAUUGUAGAAGAAGACGUGUUCAGGACAGGAGGUAGAGGUCAUCCUCAAAAACAGUAUAAGGAGCCCUUUGGAUUACCCAACCAGCCAACCAAGCAUCGCAUUGAGCUACUGCCUGCAUCAAUCCCUCCCAAGGGCCGCAUCUACAGGAUGUCCCCUGCUGAGCUAGAGGAGCUCAGAAAGCAGCUUGAGACCCUAACCAACAAGGGCUGGAUUAGACCCAGCACUUCUCAAUUCGGUGCAUCAGUUCUCUUUGUACCCAAAGGGAAUGGCGAGUUCAGAAUGUGUAUUGACUACAGGGGUCUCAACAAGAUCACUAGGAAGAGUACAGAGCCACUUCCUAGGAUCGACGACCUCCUGGACAUGGUGCAGGGCUGCACAGUGUUUAGCAAAGUCGACCUCAAAUCUGGCUACCACCAGAUUGAGAUGGCAGAGGAGGAUGUCUACAAGACAACCUUCAAGACCAGGUAUGGGACUUACAAGUUCCUGGCCAUGCCAUUUGGACUUUGCAACGCCUCAGGCACCUUCCAGACAGAGAUGCACCGCAUCUUCAGGCCUUACCUGGACAAGUUUAUGGUUGUCUACCUGGAUGAUAUCUUGGUAUUCAGCAAAACUGCCAGAGAACAUGCGGAGCACUUGGCUUUGGUUCUUCAGUCAUUAUGCGACAGCCAGUACAAGAUCAACAGUGAAAAGUCUUAUUUUGGAGUUCCCUCUGCCAUCUACCUGGGUCAUGUAAUCUUUGGAGAUGGCCUAGCUCCUGAAGCAGCCAAGAUUGCUGCUAUUCAGAAGUGGCCUCAGCCACAGACAGUAAGGGAUGUUAGGUCCUUCAUGGGUUUAGCCUCAUACUACAGAAAUUUUGUCAGGAACUUUUCUGUAGUGGUUGCACCCCUGACCAACCUAACAAAGAAAAACACUUCUUUUCUUUGGUCCCUUCCCUGUCAGUUGGCCUUCACACGACUCAAGAAGGCCUUGACUCGUGCACUUGUGCUGAAGCUACCUGACCCCACUUUGCCAUUCAUCCUGACCACUGACGCCAGUCAGUAUGGCAUUGGGGCAGUUCUUCAGCAGGAUGAUGGGAAUGGUCUACGACCUGUAGAGUUUAUGAGUAAGAAGAUCAAAACUCAAAAGCUCCAGGACUCCAUCUACGAGAAAGAGUUAUAUGCUCUUGUCUAUGCCCUGAAACACUGGAAGCACUUUCUCCUAGGAAGACACUUCAGAUCACUCCACCCUACAGUGGAUGAAGUCCCAGGGAGAGUUGAAUGAUAAAUUGGCACAGUGUAGGGGCCUUACCCUGAAGGACUUUCGAGCCUUGGUCGACCCCACUGCGGGUCCAACUUGGCUCGACCCGCCCACGCU